AUGGCUGAAGGACGCUGCAAUUGUGGAGGCAUCAAGGUUUCCAUUCCUGCUCUACCAGAGAAAACUAUGAUUUGCUACUGUUCAAAUUGUCGCCGCGCAGGCUCGACUAUAGGAUCACUCAUAUACUUGCUUGAUAAAUCUGAAGUUAACAUAAAAGACCCUAAUGGCAAUCUCAAGAGUUACAAAGACAGCGAUACAAAGAGUGGGAAACCGAUCACGCGUCAGUUCUGCGGCAACUGCGGAUGCCCAAUUGCCACCUUAAUCAGCGACGAUUCCCCGAUAGUAGUGUUGAAGAGCGGCUUGUUUGAGCACAUACCUGCUCCGGCCGACAAAAGUUUUGCGGAAGAAGAGCCGAGCUGGAUUAAGAUUCUAGAACCCGGUGAGAAGAGGAUGUAG